CGGCCUUGGCGGCAGUUUGCCUUCGACUCUCGCGCAAGCCGGACUAUACGUCAACCCCGCGAAAGUGAGUAAAACCACGUGCGGGUCCAGUAAUGAGCCAUGUAAACAAACUCCCGGCGCCUGCAGCACCGCGUGCCCUCUUCGCCACCCCCGGAGCCAGCGAUUCCACCCCCCGGUCAGCCCCCUCGACGAUCCACCCGCGGCACAACUAGAGGUCGUUUCAUGUCCCGCGAUGAGGUGCCCGUUCCACAGGAGAAUCUCAUCGCCCUCGAAAGCGGAUGAAUUCGGAAAGAAAAAAUGAAUUCCGAUGGCCGUUAUCCGAAGAGUUGGCGUGGAUCUACUUACGCUCGAUUUGACCAUGUUGCCGCAGCAUCGCGUUCUUCCACCGCCCCGUGUAACACUGAAGAGCCGGUUGGUACGCGGAGCUGCUUCUUCUUCUUCUUCUUCCAUGCCGUGAUCGUUUCGCCGCGCAUAGCAAAUGAAGAGAUUGUCCGAAAGACAAUAGAAUGUUAGUCCACGGUACGAGAAGAUUAUGCAGAGUCGGACUAGCGGCAGUUCUAGUCACUGCCCUCUGCCUCCUGGCCUUUGUAGACCUGCCACUUCAGCUUCCAGAAGUUUUGCCGGACCCACCGCCCACACCGGGCGGAGAGCCCCCGGGCACGCGAAGCGUCGUCGCUUACUCUUGGGCGCGAAGAUUGGCUCUGGAUUACCGACCUUCGGAAGAGUGUCCAGGUAACGGUGGCUCCUUGAAAAAGGACUUUCCCGGUCCUUUCUCAUCCUCAUCCCCCGAGUGGCUGGAGACUUUGGGUGAGCGACUUUUUCUCUUUAGCGCUCACUUUGACGACCGCGUCCCGGCUUACCCGAACGUCAGGGUGAUUGGCGUCAGGAGUGAGCCGUUGGACAACUCGAUCUACUGCACAAUAUGGUACGACGAAGGCGAGGAGGUGAAAUCGGUGUCGAUGGAAGCGUUGAGUGCGGAUAUUUGGCUGGAUCAGUGGGGAGGGGUGCCCGAGAGUUACACGGGUGUUUUGAUAACCUGUCCCAUGUCGAAGUCGUCCUUGAUCAGGCCGUUGAGAGUAUCGGUUGGCUCGUCGCCUUGCGUCGAGUAUACUAGUCAUAGUUUAGAAGUGACGUCUUCGUUCGUUAGGGAGCGUCGAAAACCCGAGAGACAAUUUACCCUGUGCAUAAAAGGGCUAGACUUCGACGAGGACAUAUCGAAGGAAGUCGCCGCAUUCGUCGAGAUCCACCGAAUCCUCGGAGCUUCCAAGUUCCAUUUCUACGUGUUCGACGUGCACGAGAACGUGAUGAAAGUUCUGAGGUUGUUCGAAAGCUCGAACGUCGUCAGAUGGAUAAACAUAACGCUUCCGGGUACGUUGCCCAAGGAGAGAUACGCAAGGAGGAAAUUUCUCGAGGAGGAAAUUUGGCUGAAACGACGAAUGGAACUGAUUCCCUACAACCACUGUUUCUACGAAAACCUCCACCAGUCGGAAUACGUUCUACCCAUCGAUAUCGACGAGGCGAUCGUACCGAAAAAACGGAAAAACUGGCACCAACUUUUGCAGGACGAAAAGAGGAAGCUCGGCAAAUCCUUCGAGGAUUUCGCUUCCUACGCCGUUCGUAACGUCUAUUUUUUCGACGAACUUCAACCGGCUGGAUAUCGCGAGAAGUCGAACGACUUGCGUUAUCUGGACACUUUUCGAACGGCGUUCGUUUCUCCCGAAGGUGAUUCCGUGAAGAGUUUCAUAUCCACCGAACGCGCGUUAACCGUUCAUAACCACUACGCCCUGGCGACGUUAGAUUCCGCUACCAGAAGGGCGCACCAUUUUCACCCCAAGGAUGCCCUCAAGCAUCAUUACAGAGCCUGCGACGCGCGCCACUUGGACUGCGAAAUGCUCAUGCAGGACGUUGUCGAGGACAAGUCGCUCUUGAGAUACGUGAGAGGGAUCGAAACGCGGGCCGAAAUGGUCAUCGCUAACCUGACGCUUUCAUAGACUAAUUUGUAAAUAAUUUAUCUAUAGGUUUAUUUCGAUAUCUUCUAAUAAAGUUGAACAACAA